UGGCAACAUGGCGGCGUAAAUUUGGCGGUGCUGUUUAGCGCCCAACGGCGAGAAUUAGUUGGUGCUACAAUAGUUUUUUUUUUUUAACUAAAGUGAAGCCUUAUAGGGACGGAGAGAAAAUCUAAAAGAUGUAGAGAUCUGUUUAACAGACUGCAACAUUAUGGCAAGAGCUUCAGGUAAUUUGUUUGUACUACUAAUCUCAGCUCAAUUAAGCUUGAGCUUAAAAGUUAUAUUUUAGAUACGAUGCAUUGCUUCUGCAUUUAGUGCUGCUUUAGGUAAGACUUCUGUAUAACCUCAUAAAUUUAUUAUGCGCGCAGAAACUUCAUACUUUUUCUCACAAAUAAUUAUGAGUAGAAUCACUUCGCUGCUUUAUCAUUCAAAAUGUAAACAAACAUUGACAUCUCCAUAGCUUACUAUCUGUCACUAUACAUAAGCUUAUAAACAGGGGAUUAACUGCAGAAUACUCUGCCACUUCGAAGCUUUAUCCCUGAAAGAGCUGGAUACGUGGAUAUGCAGUUAUCCCUUUUAUACGCUUUUCUACCUUCAGUGGCUUUAAGAACGACAGUUAGACACGCGCUGUGUGCUUUUUAUGCUGUCUUAAAAGUGUAUAUUGAAGUAAAUACACAGAUACGCAGUGACUAUUAAUUUAAAGAUAUUUACUAAGUGGAUACGCAGAUGCGUAGUGACUGAGUAUCCCCGUAUCUGCAUAUCCACCUAUUUUUAGGGGUUGCGUUAAAGUGGCAGGGUAUUCUGUAUUCAAGCCAAAACAAGAGACCAGGGGGUGUUACGAAGACUUCGCCCUCAGACCCCUGAAAUGAUCAGACUGCUUAGUGUCUCGAAAUCUCAGAGCCCUGUAAUUCUCAGGCCCUAGGGUGUCUCCAAAACUCAGACCCCCCAAAAUAUCGAUACUAUGACAAACUCUUGGUUAGACUUGCCACAAGUCUACUAGGUGAGCACCAAAUGCGAAGGACGCUUGCCUUGCGACUCAACUUCUUCCGUCUGCAGAAGAUUAAAUUUGCUUUGCAUAAUGUUCAGUGCUAAAAAAUAGUUUGUGGUGUAAAUUUGAUAAAACCGUGAAUGGUUUGAACCCAGUAGUCAUUUCAUAAGUGGGUUGAGAUGUACAUUGUAAAUUUGAUAGGCACUUGACAGCCUGUUGAAAUAAACGGUUCCCAUUUGAGUCCCAGGGUAGCCAGUCGAAUGUUCUGUAAAAGUUUCAGUUCGAUUAUGUUUGAUUACCAAAGUAAUCGAACAACAAUUCAACCAAUUGGGUUCAAUUGAAUUCGAUUGAUUUUUGGUUUGGUUUCACUCUGUCAGCUACCCUGGGAUGAGUGGAUGGUCUGAACACUAAGAGUAAUGGAGAUGACCUGACCUCAAAGUAACUUCAUUUUCCAGGACCUCAGUCUGUCUUCGAAGUCAAAAGAAGCAACUUGUAUCUUGUGUGAAGAAAGUCUUCGAAAUUUGAAGCAACAAAAGCAUGUUGAAAAAAUUUGUCCUUUGAAUAAGGGAGCAUUUGCCUCAUUGAAAGAGAAGCUGGCAGGAGACUUGCGCUGGCUAUCGCUGGUCCAUUCUUGAAAUACUUAAAAGAAAUAAACCAUGGACUGUGGCUCCAUUGAGUUGGUCAAAAGGUGAACUUAGUUUUCAAGACCCUUGAAGGGCGUUCUAUAAAGGGCACUUUCCAUUUGUCAGAACUGACUGACCAGACCAUUCCAGUCAAUGAGAAUUCCACUUUUAAUCAAAACUAUCCAGCAAGAUUAGUCAAAUCCUAAAUAGCAUGCGUGAAGGAGAUGGUGUUUCAACAAAAUCUUUUAGAAAAAAGCAUUUCUCAUUGUCAAAAUGAUUGGUCUGGCUAUGGUCCGGCCAGUCAGUUCUGACUUUGGAAAGCACCCUAAGUUUUGCAGAAGUCUGAGUUUCCAAAACACCUAGCUGACAGUCUAUGUUUUUCAGGGGUCUGAGGUCUGAGUUUUCCAAGUUCCAGUUUUUGGAACACCCCCAGAUCCCUCCCUCAAUUUUACAAAAGUGGACGCAUUCAGCACUUUUGUCUAAUAUACUGUAGUAAUUAUGCAUUGCCCAUGGAAAGAAUUUUGUUUUCAAAUUAACAGGAACUCUCUUUUUUCUUGCUUUCUAGAGUCAUCUUCACGCUUGACACCCUAUAUGCUGAAAGGCAGAACUGGUGAAUUUGAUCUUGAGAGCAUUAGCUUUUUGGAUCUCAGUGGAAUGGGUAGGAAUAAAUUUUUAAUUUUCCAUAAUAUUAUUAUGGAAUGUGAAUUUUUAAAAUACAUAAGCUAAAAUGUACAGUUCAGAUUUUGGUUUUGCCCAGUAGUGCAUUUGUACUUCACAAAUCAACAACAGUUUUCCAUGGUCUAUACUCUUAUCGACCAUAAGAAAUGACGUCGAAAUGUUCCAAACUCGUGAAACCACGAGCCACAGGCAAGUACUAUGGACAAUAAGAGUACAGACAUUGGAAAAUUGCUGUUGAUUUUUUUUACAAUACCAUUGACAG